AUGACCGAGCACAUGAUCCGGUCUCAAAAAUUGAAACCUGGGUCGCUCCCUACGCUUCCUUCCCUUUCAAGGACGACGGGAAUUACCUACUGGAUGAUUGAAUCUACAUUCGCGGGCUUCAGAAUAGGUACUGACAGAGGGAGGUCAUUCACGGCGGGCAAUAUUACUUCACGAUCAUACUGGCAACAAACUUACAGCGGUUUCAUUGUAGCUGUUAUCGGACGAUUUGGCUGGGAAUUUGAUCAAUUCUCAUUCGGCGUGUUAGACGAUCUUCAAAGUUGCCUUGUUGAUAUGAAUUAUUUGAUGAUGCCAAGAGGGGGGGUGAGCGAUGUGUCGGUGGUGCGAGUGACUAAGGACAACAAAGAAGGUGCGCGUGAUGCAAGUGUCAACAUCGGCGAGUCGGUCUCCACUACGAGCUCUGUAACCACCAGCAAGACGUGGGGAGAAAGCUUGGGGAUAUCUGUUAGUGUUUCAGGUAAGGUCUUUGGAAUCGGUGCCGACGCCAGCACAGAUUAUACAUAUAGCGAGGAGAGAAGUGAAUUAUCUUCUUAUUCAAUUACUAAGACGACCGACAUUUCUGCAUCGAUGCAAGUUCCCCCAAGGAAAGAAAUUUUUAAUCACAGCAUUGUAUUACAAGGGCGCCUUCGAUCCAAUUUUCCCGAGGGAGCGGCGCAGCCUGUCUCCGGCGUCGCUUCUGGAAACAUGAUAAUUACAACCAACGACAUCACAAACAUGUCUCCAAGUCAAAUUUCUCAGCUUAUGUCUCCAUUAACAGAGAUUGGAGAUCAAUCCACUUCUGAAGCUGGAUUUGGGAAUGUGCUCACGAGAGAAGUCCUGGACAGCAACAACAAUGCUCGGAACUUUGUAGAGGCAGUCGGCGUAUCUGCAGAUGAUCAGUAA